CGGCGAGUCGGGAUAAACACUCGGCGGCCGCGGCUGGGAUCCGGGCUCCGUGCCGUCCCAGCGCUGUCCCUCCUGGCUGGCCAGCGCGGCGGCUCUUCGGCGUUCCUGGCCGGCGGCCCGCGGGCACCGAGAGGCGGCCCGCCGGGUGCAGGAUGGCGACAGCCGUCGGGAUGAACAUCCAGCUGCUGCUGGAGGCGGCCGACUACCUGGAGCGGCGGGAGAGAGAAGCCGAACAUGGGUAUGCCUCCAUGUUGCCGUACAGUAGCAAGGACAGAGAUGCCUUCAAACGGAGGAACAAGCCCAAGAAGAACAGCACCAGUAGCAGAUCAACUCACAAUGAGAUGGAGAAGAACCGGCGCGCUCAUCUCCGCCUGUGUCUCGAGAAGUUGAAGGGGCUGGUGCCGCUGGGCCCCGAGUCAAGCCGACACACCACACUGAGUUUGCUGACAAAAGCCAAAUUGCACAUAAAGAAACUUGAAGAUUGUGACAGAAAAGCUGUCCACCAAAUAGACCAGCUUCAGCGGGAGCAGCGGCACCUGAAGCGGCGGCUGGAGAAACUGGGUGCCGAGAGGACCCGGAUGGACAGCGUGGGCUCUGUGGUGUCUUCAGAACGCUCUGACUCAGACAGGGAGCUGGAUGUGGACGUGGAUGUGGACGUGGACGUGGAGAGCACAGACUACCUCACCGGGGACCUGGGCUGGAGCAGCAGCGUGAGUGACUCGGAUGAGCGAAGCAGCAUGCAGAGCCUGGGCAGUGACGAGGGCUACUCCAGUGCCAGCGUCAAGAGAGCCAAGCUCCAGGCUGGGCACAAGGCAGCUCUCGGGCUCUAGGGGAGGGCCCAAGGGUCCUCUCAUCUGAUCACGUAGUGUACCAGACCUGCCCAGACGCCCUUGCACGCCAACCUCACGUACCACCUUGACCAAAAUCAGCUCUGUCCAUUUUGCAGAAAGCUCGUAGGGUUGUGGUUCUGAGUGCGGUCAGUAGCUUCUCUGUCCAUGCACGUCAACGCUGAGAGACCGUACAUUCCAGUCAAUUUGAAGCACCCAAGAGUCCUUAGCCCUAAGCCAGUUUCACCUCCCAGCAGCCCCCUGUGCACUGUCCUCCUGCAGCUGGCCAGGCCUGUCUUAGUUUUCUGGCUUAUGAUGGUACUCGCCCAGGAGAGAAGUUCACGCUUUGUCUGGCACAUAGGAAACCGAAGCAAACUUCUCAAAGGGAACUCAAUCUCAGAAACCCCAAAGGAAGCUUUGAAAGCAAAACUGCAGAGCACUGAGAAGCCAGGAAUACCUCCAGCAAGCCCUGUUGCAGCCCGGCCGCGGUGCCACCGUGUCCCCACUGAAGAGCGGGCACUCGGCAGCUCAGGAGAACAGUGUGCCCCCUGAGUGUUGUUCUGGGGACCUGGCUGUGUGCCGUGUCUCAAGGCACCCCCGCGCCCCGAGUUUGUUGAUGCUACUUGUCUCUGGAACAUUGUCCUACCUCAGAGAUAGAUGAGAUCUCCAUUGCCCACGUGACGAAAGUGAUGAUGCUUCUUUGCCCCACGGCCCCACCCCCACCUGUUUUCCUGUCGGACUCCCAGCAAUAACUGAGUUUUGGCGCUGGCUGAGCUAGUAGCCACUGUCCCUGAGAGAAAGAGGCCACAUUUCUUCUAUGUGGCAAGUAAACAGGAGGGUCCCCAUGUUACCAAAACCUCCUGCUGAGAUAUUUUUGGACACAUCUGGAAGUUUCCUUCUGGAGACUUCUGGGUCGAUGGCUGGAAAGGAUGUUUCUUCCCUUGUGGCAUUUUUAUUUAAGCUAAACCAGAGCACACGUGUAUUGUACAUAAGACACACAAACCUAUAAAUACUAUUUAUUCAUUUUAUAGAGACUAAUGGAAUGGAAUGGAAUAUAAAUUCUUAUGACUGCUUUUAUAGAUGUUCUAGAAACUUUGUAUGUAGCUGUCUACAAAAUUAGUUCAUUCUCCUGACUAUUUUUGCAUUUGUAUUUUGAGGUCUGGGUGUUUUCAGCCUCUGGUGAAUCUUUUUUUCAUUGAGUCUGAACCAUUUGUAAAAUCUGUGGCCUGCUCAGAGCCGAGCCCGUGUCAUGGAGUGAUGGAACAUUCCUGAGAUCCACAGGUGCCACCUAAAAACUCCAUGGCUAACUCGGCAGCAGGCGGCUACCCAGUCCCACACCUGUCCUCAGAUCCAAACAGACCCUGACCACACAAGGUCACUCUGGGGUCCUUGGAAGUCAUGGCUUUCUUAAUGAUCCCCAAGUCCUGUUUUUGCUCUCCCCUACUCCCUCCCCUUGCUGAAGUGUUUCCCAAAUACCAGCUGAAAAUUAGCACAGAAAACACAGCCUGGAUCCAUUGGCAUUUGUAAAGCUCCUUCCAGAGUCUGAGUAGGUGGAGGUGUUUGGCUGGCCAGGUCUGUCCUUUGUCUAGAAGAUACAGCUGUGCCUUGAAGUGCCCCCCUCAGUCCCCACCCGCUAGACCCUAAGGGCCUCGCAUCUGCUCACUGCAUCCAAACUGGCAGAAAGCCAAGACCGUGGGAGAAGUUUGCGGGGUGCCCAGGGUACAAAACUUGUGCACGUUUAUUUCACUUAGGUGUCUGAGAGAUGCCGUUAGUUUCUGUGUUUUAAUUGUUUCACCUUUGAGUUAAACUGCUUUUCUUUUUUCUUUCUUUCUUUCUUUCUUUUUUUUUUUUUUUUGGUCUUUUGGUUGAAAUAUGACAUGUACUGUCCUAACAUAAAGCAGUAAUUAUUUGACCUCU